AGACAUGACAGUUACUAUCACACCGUAUAUAAACAAUUGUGGAUGGAAAAAUGAACUUGCUCAACGUAAUUAAACCUGUUGAGGUUGCCGAACUUUGUACUUUGCCUCAAACUUAAUGAUGUGUGACAGUUAAAUAGAUUCAUUUUGCACAAUAUUUAGUUAUGUAUUUGUCUAUCUGUAGAACACAUGAAACGAUGGACAAACGUUACGAAUGAUAAAAUAAGUGAUUUUGAGAUCUAUCAGUUUAUUCACAGAUAUUCAACUCCAUGGUUUAUUUGAUUUUGUUAUUUUAAUUACCACCAUUAAAUUCAAAACUAAAGCCUGUUACCGUACAACAUUUAUUUACAUUCAUAAAUGAGACUGAAAAGAUUACAUUAAAAAUAAAUAGGAAAAUGAGCAUUGCUUUUAGAGAAGUGUUUGAAGAAUUUGACAAAGUUAGCUUUGAUAACAAAUGUUUGACUAGAAAUAAUAGAAUUUCAGAUGCUUUUCAUAUUGGAGAAAAACUGCUUUUAUCCAGCAACAACAUGCGACCAAAGUCUAGAUCAAAAUCAUCCGUAGGAAGUUAUGGCAUUUCUAAGCUUUUGUCACAGGAUAAUGAACUAAAACAUCAGACUCCUAUUUUAACUGCUGUAAAUUUGCUUAAUACAGACAGUGAUAUAGUAAAAGACAAAAAUUCAAAGCAUAUUGGAAAUGAGGAAAUUUAUAAUGAUGGCAACAGUAAUGCACAUUGUUAUCCAGAUACCUCAAAUGAAUCUCUAAAAAAAGGUAAAAGAUCAAGAAAAAGGCUUGGUGCAACAGUUAAAAAUAAAAAAGGAAAACAAGGUCGUGUUAUUGAUACAACUGUAAUUGGAAGACAUGAGAAGCAGUCAUCUCUAUCAACCCAGCAUAUCUUACCAAAUACUCAAAGUGGGAAACCAAGCAGAAUUUCAAGUGAACCAUCCAGUAAGGGUCUACAAACUUCAUUUUUGUCAAACAAAAGGCAAGAUUCUGAUGAUGGUUUUGCCCAAAGUCAAGUACACAGUACACCAUUUUCUAAUGUACAUAAUUUGUACCCUCUUCGUGUUGCUAGUGCCAAAACUAACUCCAGUUCACUGCCUAUAUCUCACUAUAUGCAGGAUAAUCUAGCUUGUAUUCCAAAUACAACUGAUUUAAACUCUCGCAUUAGUAUGGAGUCUCAGGUUCAGCCAGUAGUUAUAUAUAAAUUAGAAAUGAAUCCAAGAGUUAAAUCAGCUACAAGUACUGCAGGUGAGAAAAAUGCACUGGAUAAAGAGAGGGAUAUCUCUAAUGUUAACGAGGAUAUAUCAGUAAAUGCUGUAUCCUGUAACUUACAGCAUGUUCACAGAUCAAGCAAAACUGUUAUAAAAUACCAACAAAAUAGUUCAUCUCAAGGACUCUCACCAGAUUUACUUUCCAAACAGGCUGUUUUGACUUCUAUUUAUGGUGCAGUAUAUAACACAGCAGACAAACUGUCUGCACAGAUGGAACAAUUUAAAAAAGUGAAAAAAAUCUUUUUGUCUGAGAAGCAAUCUGGAACUAUAAGAGAAAAUGGAAUGGAAUUUCCUUGUGCACCACCAGCUACACCUACACCAGAUUUGAUGAAGAAGCACGAAUAUAUUCCAUGUAUGAGUGAUAUAAGGUCUCAAAGGGCAGUAAAAAGUAGAUUACAAGAGAUGGAAAAAGAAGCUGCUAAAAAGCAAGAGAAACGAAAAGAGGCAAAUGUUAAACUUGAAAAACAACAGCAGAAAGAAAAAGAAAAAUUAAUUAAGGUUAAACAAAGGAGAGAGGUAAAUUUCAUUUUUUCACCAUGACACCAAAUAUUACAGCAACAGUGAUAGAUUGAGAUAAUUAUACAUAAUUUUCUAUUGGAGGGUAAAA